CCUCCAAUAAUAAACGAGAUAUUGACGAUGUUUCAUUCGAUAUCCUUCCAUUCUAACAAAAGAAAAAAACAAUAUUGCAUAUAAUUAUAUUUCUCUUGCGCGCAAACGGCAGUCGCGCGCAGUCAUAUUCAUCUCGCUCUUCCGUUCCUGCUCCUCUCCGUUAAUAUAUAUUCCGAUACUUCGAAAAAUUCAUUUUUUUCGCAGCUCUUUAAAUCGUUCGUCCACACAAUGAAAUUGACAGUGAUCAUGGGUCUACUGACACUCUGCAGUUUUCCUGGUGCGGCUCCUGCAAACGUAACAUUCGAGCCAAGCUUGUUAUCAUGGAUGAGCUGGCAACAGUUGAACGACACUAAUUCCAACCCCGAUGUCAAUCUCGACACGCUGGGAAUGAUAAGGAGAGCGGGUUAUCCCGCGGAAGCUCAUGUUAUAACGACGGAGGAUGGCUAUCUCUUAUCGUUACAUCGUAUCCCAGGUGGCAACAAUUCUCGACCCGUACUGAUGCUGCAUGCUUUUUUAUGCACCUCCGCCGAUUGGGUCCUCCUUGGCAAGGACAAAGCACUCGCUUAUCAAUUAGCGGAUCAGGGAUACGAUGUUUGGUUAGGCAAUUAUCGUGGUAAUACUUAUUCGAGGGCGCAUAUUUUCCUAUCUCCGUCGGAUUUAAAAUUUUGGGAUUUCAGCUUUCACGAAAUGGGCAUUUAUGAUUUACCUGCAAUGAUUACAUUUAUUACAAAUAUGACAUCUCAGCCAUUGCACGCGUACAUUGGUCAUUCGAUGGGCACAACUGGUUUUUAUAUAAUGGCAUCAGAACGUCCAGAAAUGGUUCAAAUGGUGAAAAUGAUGAUCAAUUUCGCCCCAGGAGUCUUUGUAAAUAAUGUGAAAAGCCCGAUAUUAAACUAUAUUGCACCUUUCUGGAAGGAAAUAAAGAUGAUAGUGCGACUUUUUUUCCACGACGAAUUCCUGCCACAGAGCGAUUUCUUGAGAUUUCUUGCGAAAUACGCUUGCGACCAGAACCUCGCAGAGCGAAAAUUAUGCGCCGACUUUAUAUUUGCGGUCUGCGGUUUCGACCGCGAGCAAUUUGACUACACUCUAUUACCUGUCAUCCUGAGUCACGAUCCGGCCGGCUCCUCGUCUAAGACGGCUGAACACUACCUUCAAGGAACACAAUCUGGCAAAUUUCGCAAAUACGAUUAUGGUCGCGUGAAAAAUUUAUUGAUAUACAACUCGCCGGAACCUCCGGAUUACAAUCUGGCAAAUAUUACGAUCCCGAUCGCGUUGUUCUACGCAACUGGUGACUGGCUGAUUGAUACCGUGGAUGUCAAGAGGCUUUACCGCAUAUUGCCGAAUGUAGUGGACAUAUACGAAGUACCGUGGCCCAAAUUUAAUCACGUGGAUUUUGUAUGGGCCAAGGAUGCGCCUAAACUCGUGUACGAGAGAGUACUCAAACUUAUAAAUGCGGAAAAUCCAAAUAAUAUUACCUAUCUUUGCAAUCCAUCGCAAUGAUUAGAAGGAACAAGGAUUGUUAAAAACGCGAGCGUGAAUCUAAUUCGCUUUUACAGUAAUUAUAAAUAAUACAAGAAUAUUAUCAGUUUACGUUCCAUUAAGUUAACAGUUGAGUUGACAGUUGUGGAAUUUCAACUCAAUUUUAGUGCAAUAUUCAUCAUUUACAUAAUUUAAUUAACGAUGUAAUAUUAUCUCAUCGAUAUAAUAUUAUUCACAGUUUACCCCUUCAUAAGCUUGAACACUCUCUCGUAUACGAGUUUGGCCGCAUUCUUGGUCAACAUAAAAUUCACAUGAAUAAAUUCGGGCCACGGCACUUCGUACGUGUCUAUUACAUUGGGCAAUAUGUGGUACAGCCUCCUCACAUUAUUAAAAAAAUCCUUUCGUGAAUCAUCACGGGCAAUUUCUUUCAAGCUAUCCUCUCGAUUUGACGUUAAAACUUGACUUAUGCAGAAUUAACGUGAAUUAAUCUUCGCUACAUAUUUUAUUUGAAUACGCGUUGCUUCGUUACUCACCACGGAAUCAACCAGCCAAUCAUCAAGACCGUAGAACAACGCGAUAGGGACCGUAAUAUUUUCCAGAUUGUAAUCCGGAGGUUCCGAUGAGUUGUACACCAACAGAUUUUUAUCGAGACCGUAGUCGUAUUUGCGAAAUUUGCCGGUUUGGUAUAUCUGGAUAUAAUGCAGAAUUGUCUUGGUCGAGGCUCCAGCCGGAUCGUAACUUAGGAUGAUAGGUAGUAGAGUUUAAAUAAGGACAUGCGCUAAAAUUCAAUCUAAAGCAUGAUCGGACGAUCUUCAAACGAUGAAAAUUUCGUAAUAAUCGACAUUUUAUUUCGAUCGCGAAUCUACUCACGUAGUUCAAUUCCUCGCGAUCGUAACCGCAGAUUAUGAAUAUUAGGUUGGCGCAGAUCUUUUCCUCAAUAAUAUUCUGUUCGCAACCGUAUUUCGCGAGAUACUUCCAAAAAUUGUUCUGUGGCAGGAAUUCGUUGUGGAAAAAAUGUCGCAUGAUCAGC